CUAUUUAAAAUAUUUGUUGGAUGAUGUUUUAAAAAUAUAAUAGAUUCAAGAGGCUCUGAUAUAAAAGAUAAAUGGAAUUAUCUGAUUACCUGAGAGCAGGUUUAAAAGAGUUACAAAAUAAACGAACUCUUGUAUCUCAUUUGGAUAAUAUACAACAACAAAUGCAAAGAAGACGUUCUUCGAGAUUGCAGAACCUAAUGAAUCUCAGAAAAAUAAAUGAAGCAACAUUAUCACCAGUUAUUACACCAGCUAAAGUUCGAACACCUAUAAUAUUGAAAUCUCUAGAAGGCUCUCCGUCAUUCAAAAGAAUAAAUAGUAGACACCAUCAACAAGAAAAAAGUGAUGUUAUAAAAGAGAGAAAAAAGGAGAAAAAUCAACACAUUGAUAAACGUAAAGCAUUACUACUUAAAUGGAAAGAAGAAAAAAACAAGAAACUACAAUUAGAAAAGAGUCAUAAAAAACCUAUUUUUAAGGUAUCACAUGCUGCAAGUUUACCUUCGAUUGAUUCAGCCAAUCAGUUUAUAAAAGGAAAACGUAUUACUCCAAAAUCGAAAGGAAAUACCCCCAGUUUAUAUAAAUUUGCACCAAAGAAUCACAUUUUUAAACCUCCUGACAAUAUUAAACCCAUUUAUUUUAAAAGUAGUACAACGAAAGGUAGUAAUAUGCCUAUUACUAAGAAUACUCUUUUGCUUCAAGAAGAUGUAAAAACUGCUAUCAAGAGUAAAAGAAAAUUGGAUUUUAAAUCAGAUAACAAUAAUAAAUCAAAAGUAUAUACAUCAGUUGUACAACCUAGAAUCAUUGAAACUAGAACAAAUUUAAAAUGUACGGAGAAUGACAAAAUCUUGAGUAACAAUAAGGAUGUUUCUUCUAAGAAAUGUAUAAGAGCAGACAAUUCUACUGCAAAUUAUAAAGUUAAAAAUCAAUUAGUUAAAAAGUCACCUAGACUAAACUCAUCAAAAAGAUUUACAGAAAUAGAAGUGCCAUCAUCUCAAAAUGUAAGUAAAUUAUCAUCGACUUCAAAAGAUAAUCUAGCAACAACAACUAAUGAAUUAAAAACAAUAUCUAAACCUCGCAAUAAUACUUCAGUAAAAAAUUUGAAGAUUGAAAAGUGUUCAAAACCGAAAACAUCAAAGAAAACGUUAUCUAAAAGUUCUCAUCGGAAAAGCAUAUUCAGUUUGUCAAGAAAUAAAUCGCCAGAACCAUGUAAAAAGGAAGUUUUCCAAGAAGAUUCAAAAUCUUCUAAAGCUACAGAAAAUGAAAUGUGUACAUCUUCAGGAAAUUCAAAGAAUCCAAAAUCGCCAGUAACUCCUGUCAGCAGUAAUUCUCUUCCACAAACACCGAAAAAUAAUACUCCUCCCGUAUAUAUAAGUCCCUUUAUCACAUUAUCACGAGGAAAAGACAAUGCACGUAAGGAAUACAAACAGCGAUUGUCUAAAGGGGGCACAUGUGAAAAUUCGGAUUUCUCUAGGUAUACAAGUCCCAAAGCUGCCGCUGUGUACUUUACGGAUCUAUUAAACUCUGAAAUUUCUGAAAUUCUCAAUAAGUGUGAAAAAUGGGAAUUCCAUAAAAAAGAUGAUAAUUUACCUGACGGCGCUUGCGACAUGAUAGACGUGGCAAUUGGACAAUCACAUUUACUGGUAAAUCAGAAAUUAGAACAAUUUAGGGGCCUUAUAAGGUCAGCCGAAAACAAAGACGGCAGCGUGACCUGCCACGAUUUACAUGGUUUCUGGGAUUUGGUAAACAUACAAAUAAAAAAUGUAAGAGACCGAUUUGCCAAUUUAGAGAGACUGCAAAACAACAGAUGGGAAGAAAUAAUUUGCGCUAAAACUAAAACUCCAACAAAAAAGAAAAACUCAAUCCGAAAUAAAGAAGGUAAAAGAAAAGCCGAUUCAAAAAUAAGAGGCUUUAUAGAAGCAGCCAGACAAAAGAAGAAAUUACAAACUAAUGAACAGAAUAUUGCAGAGGCAUCUGAUCCAAAAAGUUCUUUACAAGAAUUUUCAAAUAAAGUCUUACCAAGGCGGAGAUCUUCAACGGUUUCGGUAUCCGAACGUGGCAUUAGUUCUCCAGGACUAACAAUAAUGAGAGCGUCACUUUCUGCAAAAAAGCUUCAGCAGACAUUAAGCUCCAACUCGACACCGAUUAAUUUAAACAAGAGUGCCACCGUUGUAAAAAGUAUCUUAAAAUCAGGGCAAAUAAAAACAUCAAAGAAGCGUCAUAAAUCGGUCUUAUUUGAAACUGCGUUUGAGGAUAAUCUUAUAAUCCAUUCUGGUACUUGCGAAAACAAUCCCAAUAUUGAUAACAUUGAGCCACGACCCAAUGUAAAAAAAUCGAUCAGCUUUUCUCCAGAAGAUUACAAGGUUGUCCGUAGAUCGUCAAGACUAAACGCAAAAUUGCCAAAAAGUAAAUUAUUCUGACGCUUUGCAUGUUAAUUUAUUAGUUAUUUAAAUGUAGAGGUAUCGUUAGAUGUUACAAUGUAUGUAAAUUUUAAUCCAUAGUUUUAUUGCUGACUUUUAUGUUAUUAUAAUGGAGUCUCGUUAAAU